AUGGACGUCAUUGACCAUCGUAUCAAGGCCUAUCGGUUCGUCGCCUAUGCCGCUGUAGGAUUCUCAGUGGUGGCCGUACUCUCUGUUUGUGUCACACUGCCGGUAGUGUACAAUUAUGUGCACUAUGUGAAAAAGUCGCUUCAUAAGGAGGCAUCGUUGUGUAAGAUGUCAACGAACUCCGUCUGGGGUGACGUGAUCAAUCUGAAGCAGGCCCAUUUCGGCAACAGAACGUCUCGUCAUGCAACAGCUACCUUCGAAGAGAACGCGAACGGAGGAUGUGAAUCCUGUUGUCGACCAGGGCCUCCUGGUCCUCCCGGACCACCAGGGAAGCCGGGCAGACCUGGACGACCGGGCGCUCCUGGCCUACCCGGGGAAUGUCCAGUGGGACCACCGGGAUCACCGGGGAAACCGGGUGAACCAGGAGAUCCUGGAGAGGAUGGUCAGGCUGUGCCUCCAGAGUCAGACACGGGGCCGCCUGGCCGAACAAGGAAGGGCGAAGAUCCCGCAUGUGAACCAGUUUCUCCUGGCGAUCAGGGACCACCUGGAGACCCGGGACCUGAAGGACUGCCUGGUAGCCCUGGUCUUCAAGGACCUCCCGGAACUCCAGGCAAACAAGGUGAGAAAGGUCCAGAUGGAAGUGAUGGCCAACCAGGACUGGAUGGCAGUCCCGGGCAUCCUGACCUCCCGGACCACCUGGACGUCCAGGCGAACCGGGCAUUUGUCCCAAGUAUUGCGCUAUUGAUGGUGGGAAUCUUUUUCGAAGAUGGAACUCGUCGUUAG